AGAGAGAGAGAGGGAAAGAGAGAGAGAGAGAGAGAGAGAAAAAAAAACAUGGAGCUGUUGUGCUGCGAGGUCGACGCGAUCAGGAGAGCCCUUCCCGAUCGAAACCUACUCUACGACGACCGGGUCCUGCAGAACCUGCUGACCAUCGAGGAGAGAUAUCUGCCCCCGUGUUCGUAUUUUAAAUGCGUUCAGAAGGACAUCCAACCCUUUAUGCGGAGGAUGGUCGCCACUUGGAUGUUGGAGGUCUGCGAAGAGCAGAAAUGCGAAGAAGAAGUCUUUCCUCUGGCAAUGAAUUACUUGGACAGGUUUCUAUCGGUUGUGCCGACUCGAAAGUGUCACCUGCAGUUGCUGGGAGCAGUUUGCAUGUUCCUCGCCUCCAAACUCAAAGAGACUAUUCCACUGACGGCUGAGAAGCUUUGCAUUUACACCGACAAUUCCAUCAGAGCGCACGAGCUGCUGGACUGGGAGUUAGUAGUUUUGGGCAAGUUGAAGUGGAACCUUGAAGCUGUAACUCCACACGAUUUUAUUGAACAUAUCCUGAAGAAACUUCCCCUUCCUAAAGACAAGGUGCCUUUGAUCCGAAAGCAUGCACAGACGUUCAUUGCCCUUUGUGCCACAGACUUCAAGUUUGCCAUGUAUCCACCGUCAAUGAUUGCAACUGGAAGUGUGGGGGCAGCAAUUUGUGGACUUCAGCUUGAUAUUGUGGACAGUUCACUCUCCAGUGAUAACCUGACAGACCUCCUGGCCAAGAUUACACACACAGAUGUGGAUUGCCUGAAAGCAUGUCAGGAGCAGAUUGAAUCAGUGCUGGUUAGCAACCUGAGGCAGGUUCGACACCAUCAAGGGCAGAGUGACCCUUCGAAGACGGUGGAUGAACUGGAUCAGGCCAGCACUCCCACAGACGUCAGAAAUGUCAACCUGUGAGGGGAUUGCGGUGCGGAAAGAUCCUGCUUGCUCUUCUCUUUAGGAAGAAAUCUUUUUCUUUCCUUCUAAAAAAAAAAUGCUCCCACAUAGAAACUAUCUAAAGCUUCUUUUAGAAAAAAAAACCCUGAUAUUAAAAAAACUAUGGUGCCUAUGGUGUUCUGCAGAAGGGAAUCCCACCUUAUCUGUUUGCAUAAUUGCUGUUUUAAUUAUAUUAUCAGUGAUGAACAUGCUUUUAAAAAAAAGCAUUAAAAAAAUAGCUAGCUGAAUGCAGGCCUGCAUAUGUGGGAUCAAACUUUUAGGUAUUACUGUUCUAUGUUAUGAUGCAUACACCCUUUUCAGAUUUAAGAAAGGAAAUGUGUGUGCGUUUUGUGGCUCGACUUAGAUUGCAAAGCAAUAGCCUGAGGGAUUGGGGAUGGUUGCUGGGAAAUGUCUUUUUAUUGAGUGAACCAUUUUUGAUACAGAAGAACUGUAACUGCCUUAACACAUGUAAAUGUUUCUCAUCAGUUUGUUUGUUAUGUGUCAAGCAACGCUUUAGAUGUACCGUUUUGCCUUAAGUAAUCAGUGUGUGUGUGUGUGUGUGUGUGUGUGUGGAAGGUUGCUUUCUUAAUCAACUUUCAUCUCCUCUCCUGUCUCUGUCUCACUCUCGCUACUUCCGAAUGUACUUCUUGCUUUCUUAUAUGUGUGUAUCCUCACUUUGAUGUGUUCCUUACUGAUUCCCUCCCCGAUCCCGACGCCCAGCUCGGGUCCAAACCCCUGUCUGUCCAGCGCCUUGGAACGUUCUCCCGACAUGAACGGUGCUAUACAAAUGUAAUAUUGUAUUGUAUUAACUUCCUUUAUGUAACAAUGUCAAGUUCCCUGUCCCUUGUUUACUCUCCCUGUAUCUAUGAGUUUGUCUCACUUACACUUUCUCUGUGUGUAUGUCAGGCUUUCUGUCUGUCCGUCUCUCUUGGUUUCUCUCUCAAUGUCUAUCUGACUUGCUGGUUCCUCCUUCUUCUUCACAAAUGGUUCAUUCUGCUCACAGCAGCAUUUUUAGCUCCAGGUAGAGCCUGAGUCUGUAACUGUGGGCCAAACCAGAGUGUUGAAUGAUUGCACCCAGGGAACUCCUGAUCCGACUGCCAAUCAGCUAAUUACACUGCCAUGGAACUCUGCAUAGGAAGACGUAGAAAGGGUUGUUCGAGUUGGUGUAACCUUUCGGCCACGGUUGAUGAUCUUACACGGAGAUCUCAGCCCUUUGACUCCCUAGUAUUUUACGUGGUCAGAGCAGAUGAAACAGAACGACUUCCUUCCACUUUUACAAAUGUGCCUAAAGAUAGAAAAAAAUAACCUUUUACAUACCUUUUUAUCUGUAUACAUACAUUGGUCCACAGUUAGCAUUAUUGUAAACCAUUUCAUUUGAAAAGCACUUUGAAUAUAUUUCCCAAGGGAUGAAUGGGAUGGUUUAUGAAAUUGAUUCAAGUUUUUUUUUUGUUUCCCAGUAUCUGGUGUAUUAUAAAUAAUUAUGGUGUUGCUGGAAAUAACAACGCCUUCGGUAUAGAAGACAUUCCAGUUUGGGUUGCAACAUUCCACAGAUGUUCAGUAACUUCACGUUAUUUUCAGUGUCACAGAAGAAGGAUCUUACGUGCCACAGGCGUGCAGAGCCGUGGACAUUCCGAUGAGAAUCAUGGCUUGCGCAAGGAGCGGCAAACAUCAUGGUUCACAACUUGUUGUUAUUUGAGAAAAAUUGUAUUCGGUCUACUUGAAUUUUUCUGCUCCAUCGUUAUGGCAUAGAUGGUAAAAGAGUUGGGGCGGUGUUUAUUUGCACAUGUUUUGAUAACAGUCUGAAAUUUGCAAAACGAAGCUAUUGAUCGAAACGUCGAAAUUGGGAUUUGCAAAAGGUUGGACUCGAGAAAGUAUUUGGGGGGAGAAAAUAGAUUUUUUUUGUUGAGUUGACACAGGCUGACCUGGGUUGAUGAGGGUAGAAAAUGGAGUAAGAAUCUUUAUUUUGCGCUGCUAUGAAGCUAUGAUUUGUUUCAUUCUUAUUCACAUUAACAGUACUUGGCUGUAUUGUUUCACUGAGUGUGCUGCUAUUUUAUAAACAUUUUUAUAAUAUAUUAUUUUACUGCUUAAGUUUCAGAAUCCUGAAGUAGUGGGUAAAUGAAAACAUGAGUACAUUGAUUUACUGGAAAUGCCCCUGUACAGUUUUUUUUUCCGAUAUAGUGUGUUCAUGAUUUUCUUCUUGUCACAUUCUGCAAAGACAGCAUAGUUACCUCAGGUUUACUGGACAAUAAAAUGGUUCCCAUCCACAGUACCUCACAAUAUUACAGUUGUUUUUUGGGGGGAGCCUUGCAAACUUGGUUGGUAUAAAAGCAAUGGGGUUGGCAGCACAGUGCUUGUGUAGUGCUACUUCAGCUGCGCGAUGCACAGGAAGGUUGCAAAGGCAUACAGCUCCCUUCUGGGCUCAGUAACAUUACCAUGUACCUCAUUCACUUUCAGAUGCACAACUCUGUUCUUCAACUUUUUUUGCUUUAACGAGUGUGAUGCCAUAUCAAUACAAUGUUAUUCUCUCACAUUGUGCUCUUAAUAUGUUGUGUGGUUCAUAUGGUUAGGAAUGAUUAGAUAGCACGUCUAGUUUGAGUACAAUGUGGAAAAAACUGUUGUGGGGGAGUAUGUGAUGUGGAGUUGAUGGGUACAAGGCUGAUGUAGUAGGUUUGUGAAUAAAUGUAAAAGGUCUUAUUUGUUCAUUUAUGAAAAGGCUUUUUUUAUUCAACUUAAAAUGAUGUUGAUUGGAUUGUAGAUGGUAAUACGAACUGUUGUGUGAAGGAAAUAGGCAUGCCUUAUGGACAAUAAAGUCACUUGGUCCUAAA